AUGUGUUGGAUCAUCUUCGUCCCCCGUGCAGCAGCGAAGGGAGGACGGCGUGAAUGGACCCAGCGAGCCGUACGCCGGGACCUCCCCGUGUGUCUCGCUGAUUGUGGCCCGAUGCAUGGAGAGUUUGGCCGGCUUUGUGUCGCGCUGGGGCCACUGCUGUGUGACAGUACGCCGAGGAUAUUUCAGCCUGUUGAUGAUGAUGGACCGCAAAGUGUCGUGAGAACCGUGUCUCGCAUGGUGGUCAACCACAGUGGAAAAGAGUCUGAGGAUUCCCACUCACCCCAACAGACAAACACCACUCAGCAUCAAGGAAAUCCGGCCUCGGGAUUACUGCCCCUCAAAGCCCCCAGCAGCAAGACCACAUUAACCGAGGUGCAAUUUGGACCAAUGAAGUUAUUUAAAGACCCACUUCAGGUACUUUUAGUUUUUGCCAAAGAGGACAGUCAGAGUAAUGGCUUCUGCUGGGCGUGUGAAAAGGGCGGCUUUCGCUUCAGUUUGGCGCGCACCGCGGAGUCGGCGCUCGAAUGUUUCGUGGAGAAACACCACGACCUCGUCAUCAUCGACCACAGACAUUCCAGACACUUUGACGCAGAAGCACUGUGCCGGUCAAUUCGAUCGGUCAUCUCUUCAGAAAACACUGUGAUAGUUGCUGUUGUGAAACGGCCAGACAGGGAGGAGGCCUCUGUGAUGCCACUCAUCAAUGCUGGCUUCAACAGGAGAUACGUGGAAAACGGCAAUAUGAUGGCCUGCUAUAACGAGCUGCUGCAGCUGGAGCACGGCGAGGUCCGGGCGCAGUUCAAACUAAGGGCUGGGAACGCUCUCUUUACGGCGUUGGAACAGAGCCAAGAGGCCAUCGAAAUCUCCUCCGAGGAUCAAGUCAUUCAGUACGUGAACCCAGCGUACGAGUCCAUAAUGGGCUACCAACAGGGCGAGUUGAUAGGAAAAGAAAUCAUAGAAGUGCCUAAAAGUGAGAAGAAUAAGCCUGAUCUCCUUGAAACAAUAAACUCCUGCAUACGCAAAGGAAAGGAGUGGCAGGGGAUUUAUUAUGCCAAAAAGAAGAAUGGCGACAGCAUUCAACAAAAUGUGAAGAUCACUCCUGUUAUUGGACAGGGAGGUAAAAUCAGACACUAUGUGUCUAUCAACAGGCCUUUAAAUGAUAAUAAUAAGAAUGAAAAACAAAGUGUGCAGGCAGAGUCUCAAACAGAUAUCCAAUCCAGCAAAUACAAAGACCGGAGGAAAGGCUCUCUGGACGUCAGAUCCACAACGUCACGAGGGAGCGAUGGCAGCUCGCAGCGACGACACUCCUCUAUGGCCAGAAUCCACUCCAUGACCAUCGAAGCUCCCAUUACAAAGGUGAUAAACAUCAUAAACGCUGCGCAGGAGAGCAGCCCGAUGCCUGUGGCGGAGGCUCUGGACCGGGUUUUGGAGAUCCUCCGGACGACAGAACUCUACUCGCCUCAACUGGGAACAAAGGACGAGGACCCCCACACCAAUGACCUCGUGGGGGGGCUCAUGACGGAUGGCCUUCGAAGAUUGUCAGGAAAUGAAUACAUCUUCUCAACAAAACAGCCUCACCACAUCCCCAGUCACCUGGCCACUCCCCUGUCUGUGAAUGACAUCCCGCCGCGGAUCGCACAGACCAUGGAAAACGAGGACUCCUGGGACUUCGACAUCGUCAACCUGGAAGUGGCAACUAUGAAACGGCCGUUGACAUACUUGGGGAUGAAGAUCUUCUCUCGUUUUGGGGUGUGUGAGUUCCUGAACUGUCCCGAGGCCACACUGCGCUCAUGGCUCCAGGUGAUCGAGGCCAAUUACCACUCUACCAACUCCUACCACAACUCUUCUCAUGCUGCCGAUGUCCUCCACGCCACCGCAUACUUCCUCUGCAAGGAGCGGGUCAAGCAAAGCUUGGAUCCCAUUGACGAGGUGGCCGCCCUGAUUGCUGCUACGGUUCAUGACGUGGACCACCCGGGACGUACUAACAGCUUCCUUUGUAACGCGGGUUCCGAACUCGCCAUCCUCUACAACGAUACGGCCGUGUUGGAGAGCCACCACGCUGCGCUCGCCUUCCAGAUCAGCACACGAGACGACAAGUGCAAUAUCUUUAAGAACAUAGAGAGAAACGAGUACCGGACGUUGCGGCAGGCGAUCAUCGACAUGGUGUUGGCGACAGAGAUGACCAAGCACUUCGAACAUGUCAACAAGUUCGUCAACAGCAUCAACAAGCCACUAGCUGCUCUGGAGGAGAAUGGGGGUAAUAACGAUGAGGAGGCUGUGAAGAGUGUCUUGACGUCUCCAGAGAACCGCAUCCUGGUGAAGCGGAUGUUGAUCAAGUGUGCAGACAUCUCCAACCCGUGUCGCCCCCAGGAGCUCUGCAUCGAAUGGGCCGGCCGCAUCUCCGAAGAGUAUUUUGCACAGACGGAUGAGGAGAAGAGACAGGGUUUGCCGGUGGUCAUGCCGGUUUUCGACAGAAACACCUGUAGCAUCCCCAAGUCCCAGAUUUCCUUCAUAGACUACUUCAUCACAGACAUGUUCGAUGCAUGGGAUGCAUUCGCAGACCUCCCAAACCUCAUGCAGCACUUGGACAACAACUUCAAGUACUGGAAAGGGCUGGAUGAGAGGAAGCUCCACAGCCUGCGACCGCCUCCAGAGUAA